AUUGCAAAAGGCAGCUUGCACAUGCAAGCAUGUAUGUGGGUUUGUCCUUUUCUUAACCUCUUGUCUCCUAUAAAAACUACCUAAAUGUUUCCAUGUUUAUGUAUCCCAAAGCUCGAGAGAAAACAGAAGAAAAUAUUAAAAAGAAAACACCAGAAAUCUAAGUAGAAAGAGAUGAUGAAGUUCAAGUCUAAGAGAUUUGGGAUUAGAUUUGGUUUUGGUAAAAGAACCAACAACAAAGGCACACAACAAGAUCAGCAACAAAAGGGAUUGGGUAAUAGCAACAACAAUAUUAGCUGCUGCAAUAAUGAAAUCAAAUGGGAACUUAGACCAGGAGGUAUGCUUGUUCAAAAAAGACAAGAGAGCAUUGGAGAACUUAAGAUGGUACUAUCACUGCUCACUGGUCUAGAGCCAAAACAACAAAGGCUAUUAUUCAAAGGGAAAGAAAGAGAGGAUGAUGAAUAUCUACACAUGGUUGGUGUUGGAGAAAAAGACAAGGUGUUGUUGUUAGAAGAUCCUGCCUUCAAAGAGAAAAAGCUUCUUGAUCGUAACAACAUUUCCGCUUCUUGUCUCACUAUAAUCGUAUAAACAACUAAACAAAUUUGUCAAAUUAGUUGCUUGUUAAGUACUUCUAGGUAAAAUAUAAAAUCAGCCAAGAAAUAGUUGCUUGAUAGGAUUGUCAUGCAUAAUGCACUAUACUAUUAUAUAAAUUUCUAUAUUGAAUUUGUAAAAUUAAUGUUUGCAUGUAAUACUCCAUGUGUUCCUAAAUAUAGGAUGUUUAGAAUAGUUUUUAUGUUCCAAUAUGUAGGAUGUUCUCGUAUUUUUAUGUAACUUUAAAUUUAUCAAAAAUUGUGUAAUCAAUCAAAUUUAAUAGUUCUAUUUUGUAA